AUGGCUGCUGCAGUAGCUCAGGGAACAGCUGGCAACAAUGCCUUCAAGGACAAGGAGAAGCCUAUGGCCGUGCGGGCGUCCAACAUUCUCGCUGCUCGGGCUGUUGCCGAUGCUAUUCGAACCUCUUUGGGACCCAGGGGUAUGGAUAAGAUGAUUCAAACGCCCAAGGGACAGACCAUCAUCACCAACGAUGGAAACACCAUGUUGAAGGAUAUGAGCGUGAUGCACCCCGCUGCUCGCAUGCUUGUCGAUCUGAGUGCCGCACAGGAUGUCGAGGCUGGUGAUGGAACGACAUCAGUCGUUGUUAUUGCUGGCAGUCUGCUUGGUGCUGCUGAGAAGCUGCUUUCCAAGGGCAUUCAUCCUACUGUCAUCUCCGAAUCUUUCCAGAGAGCCGCCGGUGCUGCCGUCGAGAUCCUCCACAACAUGUCCCGCCCUAUCAACCUCUCCGACCGUGCUACCCUCCUGCAAGCCGCCUCCACCUCCCUUUCCUCGAAGAUCGUGUCCCAACACUCUGGCCUCCUGGGCCCCAUGGCCGUCGACUCCGUCCUGAAGGUCUGUGACCCGAAGACGGCAGAGAAUGUUGAUCUGCGUGAUAUUCGUAUUGUGAAGAAGGUUGGCGGAACCAUUGAGGACAGCGAGAUGGUUGAUGGUGUUGUUCUCAACCAGCCUGUGAUCAAGAGCAGUGGCGGUCCCACGAGAAUUGAGAAGGCCCGGAUAGGUCUCAUUCAAUUCCAACUGAGCCCCCCUAAGCCUGAUAUGGAAAACCAAAUCGUCGUUAACGACUACCGCCAGAUGGAUAAGAUUCUGAAAGAGGAGCGCCAAUACCUGCUUAACAUGGUCAAGAAGAUCCAGAAGACCAAGUGUAACGUUCUUUUGAUCCAAAAGUCCAUCCUCCGUGACGCUGUCAAUGAACUUUCCCUCCACUUCCUUUCCCGUCUCAAGAUCCUGGCUAUCAAGGACAUCGAGCGUGAUGAGGUUGAGUUCCUCUGCAAGAGUCUCGGCUGCAAGCCCGUCGCCAAUGUCGACUCUUUCACCGAGGACAAGCUUGGUACCGCCGAUCUCAUCGAGGAAGUCCAGGCCUCCGGUGCCCGUUACGUCAAGAUCACUGGCAUUAAGGCCCCUCUGGCCGCUUACAACCAGACCGUCUCUAUCGUUGCCCGGGGUGCUAACCGCCUGAUUCUCGACGAGGCCGAGCGUUCGCUGCACGACGCGCUCUGUGUCAUCCGUUGUCUCGUUAAGAAGCGCGCCAUGAUUGCAGGUGGUGGUGCUCCCGAGGUCGAAGUCGCCCACGCCCUCGCUAAGCGCUCCCGUGAACUCACUGGCACCGAGGCCAUUUGUUUCAAGGCCUUUGCCGAUGCUAUGGAGGUCAUCCCCACUACCCUUGCCGAGAACGCCGGUCUCAACUCUAUCAAGGUUGUCACCGACCUGCGUCACCGUCACGCACAGGGUCAGCACAACGCCGGUGUCAGCAUUCGCAGUGGUGGUGUCAAGGACGAUAUUACAGAGGAAAACAUCCUGCAACCCUUGCUUGUCAGCACCAGUGCAAUUGAGCUGGCUGCAGAGACCGUGAAGAUGAUCAUGAGAAUUGAUGACAUUGCUUUGUCGCGGUAA